AUGCCCUCGAAAUCACCAGGUUCUAUUCCUGGUAACGCCGUGCAGGCAAACCAGAGAAAGGCCAAACCGUCCGGUACACAUGAAGUGGCCCAAGCGCCACACCCAACUGCACACACACCCCAGCAUCAUGGACUUAUGGAUCCAAGAACAUUGCAUCAGAUAUUCCAUGGGUGCGUGCACAGAGGGACUGAACAUAGCCUUCUUCCAGGAGCCAAAGAAAUUAUCGACCCUGAAACUUUCGCGUACGACAAAAUGGCCGAGUACAUAGUCAUGGCAGAUCGUCUCUUUAUCCCCGGGCUUGUAUACCCUCUCCUCACCACAGAGGAAAUCCAAGUCAACGUUGGCUCGUGGGUCUGUCUUGCCUGUCCCCAUUCCAAAACUAAAUGCCUGCGCUGCAACCAAUAUGAAGGUCAUGAGGACACACUCAUUAUCGGUGUCCAUGGAGAGUGUGUAACUGAAGGGAACACAACGCGCUCGGCCAUUGGACUCUGGUAUGGCGACGGCAAUUGCGCAAAUAGCUGCGAGUUGAUUUCGCGCGAGGACAAGCAUACAAAGCAAAACGCGGAGUUGAACGCCUGCCUGCGGGCGUUGCGUCAUGCAAUUGCCCUCGUCGACGAAAAUAUGAAACUGAUGCGCGAGGGCAAGUUUCCCCGCCCGCUGAGUACGUUGGUCAUUAAGAUGGACUCCGAGUACGUGGUCCUUGGCCUGACGAAGUGGCUACUCAAGUGGAAGAGGAAUGGAUGGAAGACUUGCAAGGGUGCUCCGGUUGCAAACGCUGAAUUGUUCAAGGCCUUGGAAGAUGCUAUUAACGUGCUUGAUAAGGACAUUCAGAUCAAGUUCUGGCUUGUGUCCAAGGAGGAAAACCAGGAGGCACGGUAUUCGACGAAGCUAGCUUUGAGGUCGGCUCGUUGA